UUUUUACCCUCAUUAUUGAACUUGAAACAACAACAAAUUGAUACUUCGUUUUAUGUAAAAUCCAAUAUUUGUUCCUUUUUGAAAAUGAAAAAUAUGCUGACGAAAUGCAUCAAUUUAUUUUUCACUCAGAAAUUAUACAGCCACAGAUUGCUACGAGUGUCAGUGGACAGAAAGCUUUUAAAACUGUUGUGCAGACCCGCAUCACAAAAUGCCAGAGUGAAAGCAGACUUCCAUGAUGUGACAUUUUGGAGUGGAAAAUAUUACCUUCUGGUUUUUCCAUUGACAUCUUUGUACCUGAGCUAUUGGCAAAUACAGAGAAAGAAAUGGAAAGAAGAUCUGAUACAAGACCUCCAAGACAGAAGGAAUCGACCACCAAUCGAAAUCCCUGCUAACUUAGAGGCACUGAAGUCGAUAGAGAUGGAAUUUCAACCAAUCAGAGUCAGCGGGGAGUUUGACUACAGUAGGGAAGUUUAUCUGGGACCCAGAACAGAGACUGCCUCCGUGUCAGGGGGUGUCCAGGGCAGAGUGGCCGGAGUGCACGUGGUGACACCCUUCAAACUGGAGGGCAGGGAUUUAACAAUACUUGUGAAUAGAGGAUUUUACAAUCAGGAGGAUUUCACAACAGGAAAGCAUAAUGAAGAUGGCAGGGUCUAUGGUAGAGUUGAGCUUGUUGGUCAGCUCAGAUUUGAUCAGCCGAGGAACACGCUGGUAUACUACAUGAUGGGUGACGUGACCAAGCCUCAGAUGAUGAGUGGCAAGAAGACGUACUUGGUGCGAGAUCUAGCCACCCUCACAGCCGAGUGUGGCACUGCGCCGGUGUACCUGGACAUUAUUGAAGCUAAUAUGCCGCCCACUGCUCCAAAGAUUAUUUCCCCUUUGUCAGAGUUGCGCAAUACACACAUGGAGUAUGCCCUCUUCUGGUUUCUCAACUCUGUUGCUAUGAUGUUCAUAUGGAUACGCUACAUUCGUAAACCCCCAAAAACUACAGGCACCAUACGUGGAAUGAUGAAUAAAUGAUGAAUAUUUGUUCUAUUGACUUUAAAGAAAGACAUGUUGUAGAUAAUAACACUGUUAAAUCUGCUAAAUAUAUUUGUUUAAGUCUU